GCAGGGCAGACUAUGCGCGCGUUAGUUCAAUUAAGCAAGGCGCGCCCGGACAGCUUAUUGACUUUUACGAACAACAAUGCAGACCAAGUCAUUAAAGUUUGAAAAGGUAACUUUGCGCAUUGAUCUGGUGGGCGCGGGACUCCAGAGUGACAACAGGAGUGCUCCUAUGGAUUAGGCUACACACAGUGUUUGGUUUCGCUGCAUCUCCAGGGAGAGCCAUUUGAGGAGCGCAGCUCAAGAGGAGACAAGAACAGCCUCGCUGCCGCGCCAGAGGAGAUUCAUUAGGUCUCUCUAAUGCUGGAUUUACCCCGAGCUCUGGGCUCACAACUGGAAUAUUAGGCUGAUAUCAUUUAUGUGGCCAUUUUCACAAGUUUUGUUUCCUGAAUUCCAUACGUAUUCUGGACAAACUUUGGAUAAAAUCCUACGCGAGCCCUUUUGGAGACGUCGGAUCUGUAGCUUUACGCGCAGGAUUCUCCCAACAAAUGACAUCUUCGAGGUGGUUUGCUGUUAUCCCACUUGAUUCCCUCGUUUUCUUUUACCGCGCUGAUCCACGGUAUCACUCCCCUGACCAGGUUAGACUCAGGGAGUGAAAGACUCGCUGUCUCUUUCUGUGCGCCAGAGUGCGGCACGGGCGACCUGGCCGAGGAUGUGGGGAGGUUUCCCGAUGUCUGUCACCGUGGUUGUGACUCUACUCCUGGUCAUUAUCGACGUGAAAGCCAGCGGAGAGUAUUGCCACGGCUGGCAUGACUCCCAGGGCGUCUGGAAAGAGGGAUUUCAGUGCCCGGAGAAGAUUGACGGAGAGGACGCAAUCAUAUGCUGCGGGAAAUGCGAGCUGCGCUACUGCUGCUCCAGCACUGACGCACGGCUGGACCAGGGCAGCUGCGACAACGACCAGCAGGCUCAGGAGCCCGGGACAGACAGCAAGGAGAGCAAGGACACCGGGGCAGUGCCCAUCUAUGUGCCCUUCCUCAUCGUUGGCUCGGUGUUCGUGGCCUUUAUCCUGGUGGGCUCUGUGGUUGCUGUGUGCUGCUGCCACUGUCUCCGUCCCAAACAGGAACUUUCGUCAACCAGUGGGACAGGAAGUGGGGCCGGUGGUGGUCGUCUCCUGGAGACCAUCCCCAUGAUGGCUAGCGUGGGCACCUCCAGAGGCUCAUCGUCCCGCCAGUCGAGCACAGCCACCUCCUCCAGCUCCUCUGUCCCGACUGCUGCCUCCCGUCCUGCUCCCCCGCCUCUCAUGCGUGCCCAGGCCUCCUGCUGUCUGCCCCCUGAUGCCAGCGUCUUCGUCAACAUGCCCACCAACUUCUCUGUGCUCAACUGCCAGCAGGCCACCCAAAUCAUGCCUCACCAGGGACAGUUCUUGCACCCGCAGUACAUCGGUUAUGCCCACCCUGUUUCUCCAACCCCACCCUUCCUGGACCCUGCGCAGGCAGGCUACAGACCCAUCCAGUCCCCGUUCCCCCCUCCCACCAGUGGGGCCAGUGUCGCCAGUGAGCCAAAACACCCACCGGUGACUGUGUGAGGCCACCCUACAGACCACUGUGCCACUUUGUUGUGAAGACUAACUUGUGAAGUGUAACCUGUGAGGGCCGUGCCAGAGACCUUGUGGGGACGCUGCCAGAGUGGAAAAAGAAUGGCAUGGAGUCAGGCUCACAUGAAGGACUCAUAAAAGCUUAGCUGGCAGCAGUGCCUGUCGUGCCAUUGUGUGUGGUGUGUGUCUGUUCAGUGUGUCAUACGAUCCCUCGGUGAGGGGCUGUGAGCUUAGCUCGGCCUAAGAUGGAGGAAGAGAUAGAUGCAUAUAUAAUUUGCUGUCUUUAUACAAAGACAAAACUACAUAUUGAUGGAUAAUACUGCACAGAUGGGUUGUACAGCACAGCUCACUACAGCCUGCAGUUCUUAUAGAGGGUGUGUGUUUGUGUUUGCAUGAAUGUGUGUGUUUGUGUGAGUGUGAGAAAGAAAGUGAGAAAGAAAGCUUUGUGGGCUUGUGUCUGUGCAGGAAUGAGUGAGGAAUGAAUGAUUAAUAGCAGUAAAUGGUAUGUAAUGUGGAUAUUCAUGCAAAACAAAUUGUGACCACAUGCUGUGUAUGUGCCAUGUGCACAUCUGCAUUUGUGAAUGGUUUAUACAAUACACUAUGUUUGUGUUUUAAGUAUGACGAGAUAAAGUGUGUGAAAAGAUGCGGUGCAUGUUUGUACUGUGUGUGUGUAUGAGUCGGAGUGUGGGAGAGAGCAGAAAGUGCAGGGAUGUGGUUAUACGAGUUGUGAGUAAGUGUGUGUAAUGGGAAAUGCAGGUGGUGUGAUGUGAAAGGCAGCCACAAUCUCCCUGUAGGCCAUUUAAACUCUAAUGAAGUGAACACAGGACAUGGACUGUGACGGUCCACCUUUACUGUAACCCCCCACACCCCAAGAAAAAAACACUGUCCCAAGCAGAAAAACACACUCACACACACAAGAACCCACAAAAUGAAAAUAUACUCAUGCAAUGACUGGCAGUAAAUGUACCAAAGAGGUGUGAGUGUGUGAGAGAAAGAGGGAGACAGAGAAGUAAACCUCUCAAGAUCCGAGUAAUUUAUGCAGUAAAGUCUGCCAACUGUCCCCUUCUCCCUCCUGUGAGAGGUGAGUGUGUAAGUGUGUGUGUGUGCGCUUGUGUAUUUAACAAUCCCACAGUUCAGUGCAUUAGCUGAGGGCACUGGAGUUGGAGCUGGACGAUUCCAGGGCACUUCUGACAUUUUCAAUAUUUCUUUUUUACACUUUGGCCAGACACAUAA